AUGGCUUUAAAAUUAUUCUAAAAGAGAUUAUUUUCUAGAGUGGGUCCUGGAGCUAAACAAGUGUUGUCAACCUAAAAAACUAAGAUUGAGGACUAAGACGCUGAUUUUUUUCAUAUUUUAACCAAGAACCCUCAAAUGAUUUAUAAAGGCAUAGCUGAGAGAAGACAAGAAAGAGAAGAAUUUAAUAAGUACAGAACUCAUUCAGCCCUUAAAAAACUAAACCAUAUGCUUUUGAGAGAGUACUGUGACGAAAAGGAUGACUAUUUCUUGCAUAAGCACAUAACCAACCUGAUUUGUGACAUGGGCUAUGUUAUUAGUGAAGACUCUCUAAAAUCUCCCUAAGACAUUUUUCACAAGUUGAUAAAGUAAACAGACGAAUUUAUGAUAGUAGUUCAUUAUGGAGUUCGUAGAAGACUCUUUCAAAGAAAAGACAGCAUGGAUAAGUAAGAAGAGAGAUAAGCUGAAGCAAUCUCAAACGAUGGAUUUGGAAAAUUUCUCAAGAAACAUGGGCUGCUUCCUCCAAAUAUGGUUGACUAUGAUGAGAGAGCUGAAAUGAAAGCUAAAAUUGAAGCCAAGAAAAUGCCAGGUCAAGAACUAAUAGAUGAUCAAUAUGACAGAUGUAAAUUCGAAGUGUCAAUUGUUAAUAAAAAAAACUAAGCUCUUGUCUGCGAUUUAUCUCUGAGAAUGGGAGAGAUUAUAAUUGAUGAGUUGUUUAUCGUUAAGGAUGAUGCAGAUGAAUUCGUUUAGAAUCAUUGGUUUGAUAUUAAGAACAAAAAAACCAACAAUAAGUUUUAUAGCAAGGUGCAUCCAUUUAAAUACAAAUAUUUAAGCGAAAAUGUUCAAGUGAAUCUCACUGAGUUCUUUUAUGCAAUCGGCUUAAGGCCAGAGAUAGGCUUGUGUGUAGAAUAUCUUAGUUGGAAUAAGGAGUAGAGGCUCUAUAUGAGAUGGUUAAAAGAUAUGUACAUCCGGCUAGAUAAUGAGUUAUCAGAGUUUGAGAAAAAGCACUUAAACUUGCCUUCCUCAUCCAGUAGUGAAACUGAAUAAUUUAGUAGUGAUAGCAAAGAAAUAGGAAACCCAGAAAAAGAAUUGUUCUAUACUCCAAAGAUCAAAAUAUGA